UUGAGGACCUUACACCGAGGCUACUUUUCAACAACAGAAGUCGACCUAUCGAAGUCAUACGGAUAACCAAAACAUAAACAUAACCUAGAACGAAAGUAUGGGGUAUGGGGCAGUUAAUCAAAUCAAAUUAUUGCAAGUGAAAUUUAAAUUUGAAAAAAUAUUAUGCCAUUUCGAAAAACAAUGAAACUGUAAUUGUCUUUCAUUCAAUACUUUAUAAGUGAUGCUGAAAUGGAGGAGGUAUUUGAAUUGGCAAGAGAAUUGGGUCUAGUUGAAACUUUCAUUGUUGGUCAAAUAAAUUCCAUUAAAUCUGCAAAAUGUGGGGCAUUACAAACUGGUAACGAUCAGAUAUUCGACUAUGUGAUAGUAAUUGAUUUUGAAUCAACAUGUUGGGACAACAAAGAUAAUCAGAGUAAGUGGCAGAAUCUAGCAGAAAUCAUUGAAUUUCCUGCUGUGUUACUUAAUGUCAAAACGGGCAUUAUUGAAGAACAGUUUCAUCAUUAUGUAAUGCCUGUAGAGAAUCCAACUCUGUCAGAGUUUUGCGUAAAAUUAACAGGUAUAAAGCAAGAGGUUGUGAAUGCUGGUAUACCCCUUGGUACAUGCUUGAUGCUUUUUAAUCGGUGGAUAAGCAAAAUAUCUACAGAAAAAAAUAUUUCGUUCCACAAACCAUCUGAUAAGACUAAAACAUGCACAUUUGUUACUUGGUCAGAUUGGGAUAUUGCCAUGUGCCUUCAAAAUGAAACUAAAAGGAAACAAAUACGCAAACCUGACGUGCUCUCUCAAUGGAUUGAUUUGCGUCUAGCAUAUCGGAAAUUUUAUCAAAGAAAACCUCAAGGACUUAAAGGUGCUUUGGCAGAAGUUGGUGUGCAAUUUACUGGCAGAGAGCACUCUGGUAUAAUUGAUGCCCAAAACACUGCCAAACUUGUAUCCCGUAUGAUAAAAGAUGGGUAUGUGCUUUCAAUUACCAGCUCUUCAGAAAUUUCAUCCCCUCAGAUAAAUCUGAAGAGGUGCCCUCUAGGAAAUUUAAAAAACACCUCAACCCCAUUAAGUAGAGAACCUCAGUCUUUGAAAACCCGAACACUUAGAAGUGGAUUACAUGCUACAAACUCUUUAAGAAAUAAUAAUAAAUGUAGAUUAGGCAACACAGUGGAGGGUAUUUACAAUGAUGAAAAAGAUUCAUGUGCUGCAAAGAAAGUUAUGACGUCUGAUACUCCAAAAAAUGUAACUAAGUUGGCUUCUGCAACUAAUGUUUGUACUCCCAAGCGGCAGAGUAUUAAUAAGCCAGUAAGCUGCAAGCGCACCCCACCUCUCUGUCGUUGUGGGCGGAGAGCUGCAUGUAAGGUAGCCAACUCACCUGGACCUAAUCAAGGCCGUAGUUUCUUUACUUGCCCAAACCAAAGAAGAUCUCUAGGCAUGCUUUCUAAAGGUUGCAAUUUUUUCAUGUGGUGUUAAAUUUAAGGAUUAAAAUAUGUAAAAAUAAAGUCAGAUUGAUCUA